GAAGGUGCCAGAUGGGUCAAAAGGCUAGGAGCGUAGUUUCGUAAUGUUGUUGUGUCGUGAAAGUAUUAUAUGUUUAGUGACAAAAUGAUUAGCAAUAGUACAUAAGUGAUUAUAAUAAUGAUGUUUUAUUAUAACAUCAUCUAUCAGUGGGUGAUUGACUGAAUUCAUUGAAACUGCGAUAUGAAUGUUUGGGCCCUCUACUACGUUCAACAUUUUAAAAAUCAAGCUCUUCUGGCAUUAUUUUUAUUUAUUACUUUGUAGGCUGACCAGAACCAAUUCAAUUACGUAAUUCAGACCAUUAAAAUUGAAGCCACAUUAUGCUUGAGGGUUGCAAGCAGUAUUUAAAAUGGAUGUACACUGCCUUGAUAUAUGGAAAAGUGGAAGCUUUUCUGAAAGGAGAUAGUGAUGGGCCAAAGGUUCAGUGAUUUGAAAGGAUUUUUUGGAUCAAUGGAAAGCAGAGAAAGUGCAUUAACAGCAGAGAUUGCUGGUAAUAUCUUGACUAACCAUGUUGAUUCAAGUGGACGUAUCUUAGGUGGAAGUGAUCGAAGUGCGAUGGAUAAUAGUAAUUCUUCACAAUUAACUGUAGAUGUGGCCAUUUCACAUAGUAAUGUUAAUGGUAAUAAUGCGGAAGGUGUAGAUCAGCACUUCGAGAGUAUUUAUAGUAACUGUACUGAGUCUUCAGAGAGUGAAGAGAAAAAUGGGAAUAUGGUAGAGCAAGGUGGGUCUGUGUACUCAUGUGUAUGCCAAAAUAAAGGAGACAUUGCUUGCUCAGAGAAGUGUAAAGAUGAAAGUAAUGUGCAUCCUCUUUGCAAGAACUUUGAAGAACAUAAUGUGGGAGGUAUACGCCGUGGUACAUCUAGGACUUUAUCUUUUGUGAACAGCAAGAGGGCUCGUACUAAAUCACUAAGGUCACCAAAGGAAACUGGAAGCUCAGGUAGUAAGAAGAAGCGCAAUAAUUGGGUUCUUAAAUUCAAUUGUGCUCGGUUGAAAGGUGGAGGUAGUUGUGGGGGAGUGGGAACAGAAACAGACAUUCCAGAACCUAAUGUGGGCUGUGAAUCUUGUAUGUGCACAAGUUAUCGGAGAACAGAAGAACAUCACCUUGGAGCGGGUGUUGUAUUUGAAGCAGCGCCAAGACAACAGGAGUUUUGUCCAGGCAGUGAGUCAGGUACAAGUAGCAAUGAGGAUAAUGCAACACUGGCAGUCCUAUCACCAGCAGAUCGCUUAAUUGACAUGUCUAAGUUUAAUCCCGAAGACUACCCAAUAGAAGACUGUGAUGAGAAAGCCCGGCAGGAACGUGCCCGGGAAAUUGCAGAGGGUGUCGAACCUCCUCCAGGCUUCUGUCCUGGGCAGCAUAUCCAGCUGCUGUGUCCCCCAGAACUAACCAUCGACAACCUGACAGCAUUAUUCCAGACACACUUAAGCAUACAUUCAGCAGCUCUGACAGCUUUGUCCCAGUUGGAUGUGAGUCUUUCUCCAUCUGUUCAACGUGUUGUUCACACACAGGUGGACUACAUUCAUUGUCUAGUGCCAGACUUGUUACAGAUAACAUCUUGCUCUUUUUACUGGGGUAAAAUGGACCGUUAUGAAGCAGAGAAAUUAUUGGAAGGUCGUCCUGAGGGAACAUUCCUGCUCCGUGACUCAGCACAAGAAGAAUAUUUAUUUUCUGUUAGCUUCCGUAAAUAUGGGCGUUCGCUUCAUGCCCGCAUUGAACAGUGGAAUCAUCAUUUCAGCUUUGAUUCACAUGAUCCCGGUGUAUUUGCAUCUCCAACAGUUUGUGGUCUUAUUGAGCAUUAUAAGGACCCAUCUUGCUGCAUGUUUUUUGAACCCAUGCUCACAAUUCCUCUGCAUCGUAACUUUCCUUUUCCUUUGCAACAUUUGUGCCGAGCUGUUGUCUGCAGCAAGGCUACUUAUGAUGGUAUCAACCAACUCCACCUUCCAAAAGCAUUGAAAGGAUACUUGAAAGAAUACCAUUAUAAACAAAGAGUUCGUGUAAGGAGAUUUGACCUGGAACAUUAGAUUGAUGAAGUAAAUAUCAUAUCACCAUGGAACAUGCUUUUAAAGUUCAAGAACCAAAGAGAGUGCUGUUUGAAGAAGAGAAUAUAUAACAGCAUAUGCAUACAUAGAUAUAUAAUUAUAGAAGUUACAAGCCCAACCUUUGUUACAGUGCAUUUACCUGUAUUCUGCAAAAGCAGAUCAGUGUACAAUGCUAACUAAUUAGCUGUAGUCACACUAGGCAGGAGUGAUAAUUCAAAAUGACCUCUAGACAGCUCAUUGGUUAAAAAUAGCUUAACCCUUUUGUUGUUGGUACCUGGUGCAGCUGACAUGCCAUCCUAUAUACAUAGACUAGUCACUGUUUCCUACCAAUGAACAUAGAUAUGUAUGUACAUAAUGUUAGUAAGAUAUCCAAGAAUAAUCACUGCAGAACAAAUUCUUCAAUUAAUAUAUUGUUGCAUGAUAUGCGAAGGAGCAGUUUCAAAUUCACUAGGUGUAGAACCAACAUUAACCAGUAUGUAUAGAGAGACAGCAGCAUAGAACUGCAAUUUCAAGCAGUGAAUCCGCUUCAGAACUAGUGUUUUAUUUUAAUGAUCUAUGUAAUUAUAUAUAAAAUUGUUAACUAUGACAUUAUACUGUCAAUUCUGUUAUGAGCACAAAAAAAAAGAGCAGUGGUUCUGCAGCUGAAUGGUAGUCUUUGUGUAUUACAGUAAUACAGUAGUUAAUAAAAAAGAUAUAGGUAGUGACACUCGGCACAACAGGGGUGAUAAACUGUUUUCUUUCUGUCAGGUUUCUGCUCCAGAAUAGGUAUUUCCAACACCAGGACUGCCUUAUGUUGGAAAGUUAAGAGCUUGAAUAAACUUAGGUCACUGUUUCUGAGACUAAAUAGCAUGAAAAUAAAUGUUUUAUUUUAUAUUCAGAGUUUCUUUGUUUGUAAAUAGUGAUGAGUUUCAUAUUCUGCCUCUGUUUUUGUAUAUAGUAGGACUGUGAAGUAGAUGCUUAUUGAGAAACAUAUCUUCCCUUGUUGCCUGCAAGCUUUGAUUGGGGGGGGCAUAUAAAAUAGUUGACUGUAAUGCUCUGAAAUUGUUCUCAGGAAGGAGGAACAAACCACAUUCUGUGCCAGUUUUUCACAGUACUGCUACUGGUAUGCUAAACCUAAACAAAACAAGCUCAUAUAUUCUGUGGCAAGGGUUCAAAAUCCACUUGUACUCCAACAUUGCAGAGAAACCUGCUGCCUCCAUUUUCAUGGUUCUUUUCUUCAGCCUCUACAGUGCCUGUGUCCAAAGGCAAUAGAAAAGCAUGCAAUUUUUAUUGAAUUUGCAGCAGUAGAGGUAAAAGGUUACUGCAUUUCCACGCAAUCUUCAAGUAUGCUAUAGCAAAUGUCACCUAACUUUGAACAAGGCCAA